GUCAGUCUCUUCGAGCAGAACCCAAUAUUAUCGCCAGAUAGUAGAUUGUACAAUCUGAGAUGUUGUAGUGCAGAUAAAAGAUACCCUGCCACUAUAUAAGACAGUGUUCUUUGCUGGCUUACGCAUAACGGCUAAAUCAUGAAGACACUUUUGAUCUGUGCGUCCAUUUUGUUGGGCAUUCUGGGGCUGGCCACAGCUGGCAAGAGACCCAUCUCCGAUUGCGGUGACCGCAUUCUGGAUGAUGGCUAUCCAAUGGAGCGUCACAAGGUGACCACCGAAGACAACUAUAUCCUGACCAUGCAUCGCAUCCCCUAUUCCCCCAAGACGGGCAACACGGGCAAACGUCCCGUGGCGUUCCUCAUGCACGGCAUGUUGAGCUCCAGUUCCGAUUGGGUGCUCAUGGGUCCAGGUAAGGCGCUGGCCUAUCUUCUGUCCGAUGCCGGCUACGAUGUGUGGAUGGGCAAUGCCCGUGGCAACACCUACUCAAAGGCACACAAAGUCUGGCCAACUUUCUGGCAGAUCUUCUGGAACUUCAGCUGGAACGAGAUCGGCAUGUACGAUGUACCCGCUAUGAUUGAUUAUGCUCUAGAAAUGACUGGCGAGAAACAGGUGCAGUAUGUGGGUCAUUCCCAAGGCACCACCGUCUACCUGGUCAUGAUGUCCGAGAAGCCCUCUUACAACGACAAGAUCAAGUCCGCCCAUCUGCUUGGCCCUGCUGCCUACAUGGAGAACAUGAAGAGCCCCAUGACCCGAGCCUUUGCUCCGAUCAUGGGCCAGCCCAAUGCCAUGGUCGAGCUCUGCGGCUCCAUGGAGUUCAUGCCGAGCAAUAAGUUCAAGCAAGACCUCGGCAUUGCGCAGUGCCAGGCAACCUCGCCCUAUGCCGAGAUGUGCGCCAACGAGAUCUUCCUCAUUGGUGGCUACGAUUCCGAGCAGCUGGACUAUGAGCUGCUGGAGCACAUUAAGGCCACGUCGCCAGCAGGCGCUUCGGUUAAUCAGAAUCUGCAUUUCUGCCAGGAAUUCAAUUCGGGCAAAUUCCGCAAGUUUGACUAUUCGGUGGUGCGCAAUCCGUUAGAGUACGGCAGCUAUUUCCCGCCAGACUAUAAACUAAAGAACGCCAAGGCUCCGGUCCUACUGUAUUAUGGUGCCAACGAUUGGAUGUGUGAUGUGGGCGAUGUUCGUAGGCUGCGCGAUUCGCUGCCCAAUAUGGCUCUGGAUUACCUUGUGCCCUUCCCGAAAUGGGCUCAUUUGGAUUUCAUUUGGGGCACCGAGGCCAAGAAAUACGUAUACGAUGAGAUUUUGAAGCAAAUGUCAAACUAUGAAUAGGUUAUUCAUAUAUAUUUAUAGUUUGGUUGCAUAAUAAACUGAACACCUUACUGGGAGUAAUAAUUUACUCCACUUGCAA